GUGAUUUGCAGUUUGUGUCUUGUGUCAUUCAAAAGUGUCAUCUGUCAUCUAUUGCCUUCGGCAUGGCUUCAAUUUUAAGAUCUUCAAAGUUUGUAAGAUAUCUAGCAGGAUUUGCAAGAAAUGUCGUGAUUAAUACACCAAGAGAAUUCGACGGCAGUCUAAUAAAUAACUCACAAUGUCUUUGUGGACUAAUAACGAGUGGAAAUUUUGCUACACAAACAUCUACUUUACAAGAUCAAAAUUUGGAAAGCAGUUUAAGAAGGAUAGAUCAAGAUGUUAGAAAAUCCGGACGAAUAUCUCGAAGAGACAUCGAAGAUGUGCUUGAAGAGAUUCGACAUGCCCGUUCAGCUACAAGCUCACAAUCCUUGUUGGUCAUUCGAUGUUGCGGUAAUUUAGUGCCAGAUGAAUUACCGGAAAUCCGAACGAAACUUGUUCAGGAGAUAUGGAAUACUUUGAAUAAACUAAAUGUUCCCAUGGACAUUUCACAUUACAAUGCUCUGUUGAGGGUUUAUUUAGAAAAUGAACAUCCUUUUUCACCGACCGAAUUUUUAAGUGAUCUUGAAACUAAAGGUAUCGAUCCAAAUAGAGUUACUUACCAAAGAUUAAUAUCAAGGUAUUGUCAAGAUGGAGACAUCGAAGGUGCAACUAAAAUAUUGGAAUAUAUGAGAGAGAAGCAGAUGUCUGUUAAUGAAAACGUUUUCAAUGCUUUAAUCAUUGGUCACUCAAAGGCUGGUGAUAUGGAUUCAGCUCGUAGUAUCAUCAACGUAAUGGUCCAAGCUGGUUUAGAACCUAGCGCAGAUAGUUACACAACUCUCCUCUGCGGAUUCGCUUCUAAAGGAGAUAUCGAUACAAUUACAAAACUUUUCGGAGAAUGCGAAUCCAAGGAAAUAUUUCUACUAGAUAAAGAUUAUCUAGACAUAAUUUAUGCACUUGCUACAAACGGUCACGAUGAACACGUUCCUGCCAUUCUUUCCAAAGUUCGAAAAGCUGUAGGGUACAACCAAGAUGCUGUUAACGUCAUUUUGAGGUUAAUUAAUAAAGGUCAAGAAAAAUCAGCAUUUCUUAUUUUGAAAUCAAUGCCUAGAGGUACAAAAGAAGACGGUUCACCUCAACCAACAGGCCAUUUCUUCAUUAAACAACUAGUUAAAGCUGAAAGACCUUUAGAAAUAAUACUAAACUAUUGUACAAUGUUGCAAAAAGAAGAAAUGUACGACAGAGCUGUAUUACUCGCUGCCGAAACAAGUCUACAACUUGGAAACGAAAAAUUAGCCUACCCGCUUCUCGAACAUUUGCAAAAAGAAGGUCAGCAAAUAAGACAACACUUCUUCUGGCCUCUUAUCUUGUCUAAAGCCGAUGAUCCAAGUGGAAGAGAAAUUAUAAACGUUUUGAGAAAGAUGCAAGAAUUUAAUUUUACUCCUAAUAAUGAAACUGUUAGAGAAUACGUUAUACCCAACCUAAGAGGAAAUACCAGCGAAAUUUUGGCGUUGUUACGUGAUGCUAACAUAUCAGUUGGUUCAGCUGCAGCAAGUUUGGCUAUUUCGUUAUUACAACGAAACAAAAUUGACGAAGCAGCAGCCAUAGCCACCACAGUACCUGCUUAUUAUAAUCCGGAAAUGAUAAAAAGAGCUCUCACGGCAUCUUUUUACAAAACAAACGACCUCCAAUCGUAUAUUUCGAUAAUUAGAGCUGUAUACGAUAACAGCGAACGUAGACCUGUUAGAAACAAACAAGAAUCGGAUGAAGAGGAAUCAACCGAGAAAGAUGACAAAUUAGAGGUCGUUGGUAGUUUUAUUCUAGAUUUAACAUCGAAUAGAAUCAAAUUUACUGAAAAUAUUGAGCCUGUUUUAAAAGAAUUGGUUAAUCAAGGAUUGGGUAUAUCAAGUUCUGCAGCGGAAAAGAUCGAAGACAAAUUGGGCGAAAAAAUGACCGAUCAGAUAUCCGAUUUGUUAGGAAAGCUUACUUCAGGGGAAUUAAAUCCGAUUCCUUUAGAUAGGAAGCCUCCUAGUUACACACCAUCGCAUCAAAUGAAUAUAGCGCAGUUAGAAAGACUCAUACACAAUUUAAGUACGAAAAAUCAGGAUACGAAAGGAUUAAAAAGACAGCUUUUAACUCUAUAUUACCGAGCUAAGGAUUUAGAAAAAACCGAGAAACUCCUUGAAGAUUUAAAACAAACCGAUUUCGUUUUUACUUCAGGAAUAUACGCGCAACUGUUAGACCUUUACUCGUGCCAUGACAAUUUAGAUAAAGCCAUGGAAUACUACGAAAAAACAAAAGAAAAAGAAGGCGACAAAUUCGUAUUGGACAAUUCUAAAAUAAUCCGUUUAUCUCAAUUAUUUUUCAAAAAUAAUCGUUACGAAGAAGGAUUUAGUAUUCUAGAAAACACGCCUCGAGAUAAAAAGCAAGAAGAAAAAACUUUCACCUACUCCUCCCUAGUAUGGAGGUUCUUAAAUAGUUUAGCGGACGAAGGAAAAGUCGAAGAACUCGAAAGAUUAUUCGAUACUUUAGUAAAAAAAGAAUACAUCGAAGUGAAUAACGUUCUAUUAGGACCGCUAAUUAAAGUAAACCUCGUUAGAAAAGACGUCGAAAGCGCGCUGAACAAAUUCCAAUGGUGCGUCGAUAAUUUCAAAGCGACCCCGUGGAAAAACGAACUCGCUUGUCAACUCAUACAAGCCGAAGACGCGGAAAAACUACAAAAACUCACAGAUCUAAGCACUUCGGUGCACGGAGAGGUGAAUAGUUUAUACGAUUUGGUAUUCGCAUUCGUCGAAUGCGGUCGCAUUCGACAAGCGAGGAAAAUACUAGAAACGCCCGGAUUACAAAACAGACCGCAACGAAUUAACUCCGCUUGCGAGAGAUACCAACAAGAGGGUCUUAUUAAACCUUUAGAAGGUCUAAAAGAUGCUACAAGAGAUCUGAAUCACAUCGACCGCACCGAUAUCUAUUACCAACUAUUAUUGAGUUAUAAAAAACAAGAUGACGUAGAGAAAGCUUUGGGUUUGUGGACGCAAAUGCAAGAAGAAGAUUUAGCUCCGAACGACCAAUUCCUAAUUACUCUAGGUACUUACCUUCAAGAAAAGGGAUUGCAGGUUCCGUUUGUUUUACCAGCACAACCUCUAACGAAACCUGUUAAUACGGAUGUACUUCCUGAAAAUACUCAAACGGUAUUUAGACAAGCUUUGAGAGCUGGAAAGAUUAACGAAGCUCUAAAAAUAAAGAAAAUCAUGAAAGAACCGGCUUCGGUCGUCGAUCUAUCGACGCUUAUCGAACUGUUGUUACAAAACAAUAAUAUAAAAGAUGCCACUAAAUUAACCAUGGAGAUACUAGAAAGAGGAAAGGGAAAUCUACCGGUGAAUAGAGUGUUUAGGUUUUAUUUGAAUAAAUUGGCGAGUAACGGUGAUAUUGAUACGUUGGAGAAAAUCGGAAGUAUGAUUAAUUCUGAAGUGAAAAGGAUCGUGUCGUUUGAUAACAGAUUGUGUCAUGCUAAUUUGGUGGCUGGUAAAGCGGAAGAAUAUUUGAAGAAGCUGGAUAAUGAUAUAGAAAAUGUGAAGGAAGAAGAUCUUCCUAUACUUAGUGAACAAUUUCCUAGAGGUGGAGCGUAUGGUAUUUUGGAAAAUUUCCCGGAUUUAACAGAACAAUAUGAAAAUUUGGCUAUAAAAUAUGCAAAAAGAGGAAUAGUAGGACCUUUAAACGUAUUAUGGACGCGAUAUUUUAUCAACGGAAACGAAACGAAGGCCGAACAAAUUUGGAAUGACCAUUUAAAAAAUUCACCCAGGAUAAUGUUCCAGAAAAUAGUACAAACAGCGAGAGACGAGAAAAAUGAAAAUCUAGCAAAGAAGUUAAUACAGCAUUUAAAAACGGCUAGCGUUUCAGAAGGGGCCAUCGGCAACGCGUAUAGUUGUCUAUUAGAUGUUUUAGUUAGCGAAAACAAAUAUGACGAAGUAGUGAAUACCUUCGAAGAAGCGACUAAAAUAGUAUCGCUCGAUAAUUUAAAUAGAACAGCGGUAGUUAGAAGUAAAGAAGCUUUCGAGAAAUUAGGAAAACCUUUUAAUUUUAUAGUUCCAUCUAGAAAUAAAAAGUUUACGCAACCUAAUACAUUAGAUGAAUUAUCAUAAGUUACACAUGUAUUAAUUAGUAGAUGUAUAUAAUUGUAUUUAUGCUAAAAUUAAUUUGGAGAAGAGAUGGAACACAUUAAAUGACUGUCAGAGUUGCCUAAAUAACAAUUUAAAAUCAAAGUUGAAAAAGAUUUUUAAAAUUGUCACUUUUCAAUUGUUUAUUUACUUUUGUCAUGAUGUGAAUAAUUUUAAGGAAUAAGUAACUUUGGCUUAGAAAUUAUUAAAUAAUAAUAAUUACGGUUUUGAAAUUUUGUUGGUUAGGCAACUCUGGCACUGAUUUUUUUUAUUUUGCUCUUUUUCAAAUAUUCAAAACGUACUGGUUUUGCUGAAAAGUCAAAUUAGCAUUUAAGUUCCGACAUAAUGUUUAUGUAUUUUUUUUAA